AUGAUCAUGGCUAUUUUAAUCACAGUUUUCGCUGUAUUGACUAUUAUUAUUGUUAAACUGCACUUUAUUCCAAUAAUAAAAAUCAUGAUUUUAAAGAGGAAGCAUCCGAAUUAAAUUGAAUCUAUAGUCCAUUUAGGCCCGAGCUUGGUUAGAGAAGAAAAAUAUAAUUUGAAGCAUUAUGAUGAUAAUAUAUAUUCUAUCAGGAACAUUUACAAGAAAAACUAAGAUGUUAAAUUGAUCUUAUACAAAAAUGCAAAAGGAUAGCUGGGUUAUAUAUUUGUAGAUCCUGAACUUAUCAAGCAAGUGCAUCAAAAUCCAGAGGUUUUCUAAAAAUAGAUGAGCAAUCCUAUUAUAAAAUAUUUAUUUUAAGAUUCUCUACUCUUUAAAACAGGAAAGGAAUGGUAGCGCUAAAGAUAAUUUUUAGGAAAAUCAUUCCACUUUGACGAGAUUAAAAACUACUUACAAGACAUUAAGUAAGUGACAAAGGAGGAACUUUAAAAAGUAAAAUUGAAGAUAGAAAGUUAACCAGAUAGGUCAAUAGAAAUCGUCAAGACUUGCUAAAACAUCACAUAAGAAGUUGUUUUUAGAAUUUUUUUUGGCUCUACAAAUUUAAAAGUCUCUAAACCUGAUGGGAAAGAGAUCCCUAUAGCUGAUGAAAUGAUUAGUUCAAUAGAAAGCUUCUAAGUUUUGUUUAGAUCAAAUUAUCUUUUGUUUGCUAAAUUCGUAAUUUUAGGUUAAAACGUACUAGAAGUACUCCCUACUAAUAAAGAAAGGGAAAUUAAAUAAAGAUUCAUAGAUCUUAAAAAGGCUUGCAAAUUAAUAAUUAGCCAAAGAAAGGAAUAACUGAUCAAAAAUCCAACUUUAUACAAAUACAAUUUUUUAGAUUAAUAUUUAAAAGAAGUAAUAGUAAACAAUAAUUAAAGCAUUACAGAUGAAGAAAUUAUAUAGAACUCCUUAAGUCUAUUCUUCGCAGGUACAGAUACAACUGGUAAUUUAGUAGGCAGUGCUUUAUAUUAUUUGUCACUCAAUCUUACAAUUUAAAACUAAGCUAGAGAAGAAGUGCUUAAAGUACUUUCCCAAAAAAAACUAAAUGAAAAUUUAGAGGAAAAGCUAGCUUCACUAACUUUAUAAGAUCUGUCAAAUAUGAACUUCCUCAAUUCAAUUUUAAAAGAAACUCUAAGGUUGAUUCCUCCAGCCCCAAACGUUCUUUCAAGAAUAUGCGUUUAAGAUUUUUAAAUAGGAGACUUCUUUAUUAAAAAAGGAACUCCUGUUGGAACCUACUUUAUCUCAAGUUAAAUGAAUCCUAAAUUGUAUCCAAAUCCUGAAACAUUUGAUCCAAAUAGAUGGAUGAACGCACAAGAACAAAAUUCAAUAAAUUUCACUCCAUUUUCUCUUGGACCAAGAAACUGCAUAGGACAACAUCUAGCAAUUAUUGAGGCAAAGUGCAUUCUUUCAUAUAUUCUAAUAAAUUAUGAUAUUUUACCAAAUGAAAACCAAAAAAUUUAAUUUAGAAGCAAAUUUGUCUAUGGUAUUUAACCUGAUAACUUUAUUACACUUAAAAUAAGAUGA